AUGGAGACUCGGGCGACGCCUCGGCCGGCCGUGCUGUCCCUGCUGUGGUUCUUGAGCGGCGCUUGGAUCGCAGAUCGUGUGUCCGCCAUACAAGUCACGAUGCAGAACCCCUUCAACGUGGUCAUCCUGUUUCAGCCUGUCACCCUGCAGUGCAACUACCAGACCACGUACAACCAGCCACCCGUGGUCACCUGGAAGUACAAAUCUUACUGCCGCAGCCGCCUGACUGACGCCUUCAACCCCAGCAGCCAGGAGAGCCAGAUCACCAACCAGCUGCAGCAGAACAACCCUGGUUACAACCCCUACGUGGAGUGUCAGGACAACGUCAGGACCGUGAGACUGGUGGCUUCCAAGCAAGGCAGCUUGGUGACCCUUGGAGAUUUUUACCAGGGCCGGCGCAUCACCAUCACCAACGAUGCUGAUCUCAGCAUAGAACAGACUGCCUGGGGGGACAGCGGAGUGUACUACUGCACCGUGAUCUCUACGCAAGACCUGCAAGGCAACAACGAAGCUUACGCCGAGCUCAUUGUGCUGGGCAAAUCCUCCGAUGUCUCAGAGCUUUUGCCAGGCUUUCAGAUAGGGGAUAUGGCAGACUGGGUCUUUGUCAUUGUGGUGGUGCUGGGGUUCUCUCUGCUCGUCCUGCUCUUGGGGAUCUGCUGGUGCCAGUGCUGCCCCCACACCUGCUGCUGCUACGUCCGGUGCCCCUGCUGCCCGAAGAAGUGCUGCUGCCCCGAAGCUCUCUACGUGGCAGGGAAAGCAGCGACGUCUGGCGUCCCCAGCGUUUAUGGUCCUAGUGUGUAUGCCUCCAGCAACCAACUGAAGGCAGUCCCUCAUGGCACGGUGAUUCCCAUGGGUCCCGUGUACAAUGGCUACGGAGCGGAUUAUGACCGGGCCAGCUCAGUGGGUGGGAACAGCUCUCAAGUGCCCCUCCUGCGAGAUACGGACAGCGUUGCAAAUUCUGCUGUGCGCAGCGGCUACCGCAUCCAAGCAAACCAGCAAGACGACUCCAUGCGGGUGCUGUACUAUAUGGAGAAGGAGCUGGCUAACUUUGACCCCACCCGCCCAGGCCAGGCAAACGGGAGGCUUGAGAAAGCCUCUGUGAUGAGUGAGCUGAGUUCUCUGCAUGAGGACGAUCGGCGCUAUGACCUGCGGCAAGGGCUGGGGCGGCUGAGAAGCCAGGCCAUGACCCCCAUCAGCGACCUGGAGGAGGAAAGCCUGCGGGGCAGUGAGCACCGGCGGCUGCUGCCCCCUGCUCGCCGCGACCGCUACGAUGACUCCCCGCCGCAGGGCUAUGCCCGGCGCCCACGCUCGCACUCAAUGGAGGACCUGGAAUUCGACCGGGACCCCCAUCCUGCCCGUCCUAGGAACGGGGGGCGCCGAGGUUCAGACGAAUGGCGCCGCCGUGACUACUCCCCGGACUCCCGUAAUGACUAUGAGCGCUACGGCGGACGGCGCAGCCGGAGCCGAGACGAUCUGCGGGACUUGGAGCCGUCCCACUACGACGACCGGCUCCUAGAGGAGGCGCUGCGCAGGAAGCAGCGGGCCGCCAGCCGGGAGCAGCUGGAUCAAACGAGCGCUUCUGGCAGCAGGUCUGGUAACAGGAAGAACCGAGAUGACGACAGCAGCAGCUUCCCUCCACCUCCGCCGCCCCCAUACACCGAGACGGAGUCCGUUUCUUCCCGUGGCAAGAACGACCGCAAACUCCGAAGGAACCAUACUGUCAGCAGAGAAAGCCUGGUGGUUUAAACUCUUUACGGUUCCACGGCAC